CACCUGCACAACUCCAGCUCAGGUGAGACAAAAAAAUUGCAUCAUUUUUAAAAUGCAGCUUCCUUUCUCUCCUUUUCCAUCCAGAUCCAGCAAUAAGCAACCAUGAAUGAGGUGGUGGAGACCCUGAGGAAGAUCGAGGAGAAGUACAAGCUGUUCCAGCAGCAGCAGUUCACCUUCAUCAAAGCCCUGGAGCGCACGCGGGAGGAAGCCCAUGACAUGAUGAGACCUGUGUCAUCCAUUGUCCAGGUGCAGUGCUACAAGGACAACCAUUGCUACAACGCCACAGAUAGGCGCAUCCUCAACAUGUUCGUGUCCCUGUGCAACGAGCUGCGCUGCCUGAGCCAGAAGAUGGAGACGGUGCACGCUGGGGACAGCGUCACCAACGGCCUUUUGGAGAAGUGCAAAUUGCUCCUGAACGACAGCAACGACCUCACUGCCCUUCGAGCCACGUACCCCCACGGUGUUGUGAACCACCUGAGCCUGGAGGAGGCGCAGCAUCGCUAUGGAGGGGUGGUGAGCUUGCUGCCCAUCGUCCUGGACAGCAUGAGGGACUGGGUCACACACUCCAACCUGAAAGUCCUCUAUAUUGUGAGUCCUGGAUGUGCCAGGUGCAAGGAGGAGACACCCACUUCCCAAACAGCACCUGAAGCUCUGACCUCCAAUAGUAAUGAAAAUACUGUAAAAUUGCAGGACAAAGAUUUCAAGAAAUUCCUGUCUGCAAAUCAACGUCCGCAAAAAAAGAAAGCUCCCUGGAGGCCACCAGGCAAACACCCCUAUUAAAGGAUCAGAGCUCCUGCAUCAUCUGCUCACCACCUUUAAGCACCUAGCUGAUCUAAUACAGUGCAAUGAACACUUGAGAUCCAUCCUGAGUCCUUUUUCUGAAGAGCUGCCCUGCAGCCAGCCCGGGACACAAGCAUUGCCUCUCCCUUGCUGAUAUUUGCACUCUGCUCCUCACAUCUCCACAGAAGCAGCUGCAGCUCCAGCUGCUCCCUGGGGCCAGCACUGGGAGCAGGGAACUCAUCAGGUUCUCAUAUCUCACACAUGAAUCUUUGACAAUCAUUUGAAACAGGAUUUUACAUUUUCUGAGCCCCAUUCCUGAGGAGCAUCCCCUCCCUGCCACAGCCAUGGGGUGAAGAAGCUGCCUGUGUGAAGGAUGGGAUGCAGAGCAGCAAAGGCCUGGCAUUACAGAUUCAGACACAUCUUUGACAUUUAGACUUGUCUCUAAAGCUCCCUCAGCCCCAGAGAAAUAAUUUGGUUAUCUGGACCACAGAAUCCCUGUUUACAGCACACUAAGGAGGUUUCCCCUACAGAGUCCAGUGUUCUUCAGCUGUGCUCUGCUGCAGCUCCUCACUCCACAGAACAUCUCCCCUUACACCUCCUGACUCCUGUCCUGUCAGAGCUGGAGAUGUAAAGGAGAGAUUUGAUUUUGCCCUUAGUUUGUGUGUACUGACAACAGCCAAACAAAACACCCACAAAACACCCCUGUGCUCCUCAGAUCCCUACAAAACCAAAGCCAUUUCCAGUCCAUGUGAUCCAUGGGACUGUGGUGGCAGCAUCAUGCUCAGAUGGUCCCUGUUCAGAUUGCAGACUGAGCUGCCUGUGCUUUCCCUGCUCCAAGGCAAGGUUGGCAUUACAUCAGGCCAGAUGUGGACAGGCCCACCAUGGCCCUGGGGCUCAAAAUACAGAACAUGAGGUCAGCACAUCUCAGACCCUACAGCCUUUUCUAAAUAAGUGUCCUCCCUGUGUCUGAAUGCUCUUGUCCCCUCCAAAUUUGCUCCUGCUGGAAGACACUCCUGAAUAAACAAUUUCCCCUUGCAUACCAGGCUCA